GAUGGAGCUGGAUCGUUAGCGGCCUCCCGGUGUUGGUAGUUAGUGAGGUAACCAGCCACUAGCCGACUAGUGAAGCGGCUGGUUUCUGGUUGGAUACUGGGCGGCAACGACAGGACACGAGAGGAUGGCGGCGGCGGGCAGUGUUAGUGAGGAGCGGCCGCGCGUGGCCGUGGGAGAGCCAGAGGAAGAAGAGGAGGAGGAGGACGGGAGCGCGCUGCGCGCUGAGUUCGAGGAAGCGGCCGAGCACGUGAUCAAGCUCGCACACGUGGUGAACCGAGAAAAGCUGCUCUACCUAUACAGCAGGUUCAAACAGGCCAAAUUUGGAAAAUGCAAUAUUCCAAAGCCUGGAUUCUUUGACUUUGAAGGCAGACAGAAAUGGGAAGCAUGGAAGGAGAUGGGUGAUAUGACUGCACAACAGGCUAUGGAGGAAUAUGUUACAGCUGUAAAGGAAUUAGACCCAGAAUGGAAGACUAAGGAUUUACUGAAGGACUCUGAUCUGAAAGUACGAUUUGGUGGUCCAGUGGUCAGCAGUCUUUACCAGGAGGAAACGAUUAGGGAAGAAGACAAAACUAUAUUUGAUCACUGCAGAGAGAACAACAUUGAUCAUGUUUUAAAAGCUCUUGUAUCUAAGAACGUGGAUGUUAACCUGAAGGAUGAGGAGGGCAGAGCAUUACUGCAUUGGGCAUGUGACCGAGGACAUAAAGAGCUGGUUGGAAUGUUGCUUCAACAAAAAGCUGAAAUCAAUAGUCAGGAUAGUGAAGGACAAACAGCACUGCACUAUGCUUCUGCCUGUGAAUUUGCUGAUAUUGUAGAGUUAUUACUGAAUUCUGGUGCGGAUCCUACGAUUCAGGAUGGGGAAGGUUGCCUGCCUGAAGAGGUGACUGACUCCAAAGACAUCUCCCAAAUGUUGCGACAGUAUGUUUCAUCUAAAGGCUGACACCAUUGUCAGUUGUCUGACUCCAAAUGAACAGCAUGGGAACAAAACGUAUUGAAGUGUAUUUCAUGGUUAUUAUUACUUAACUAUCUGCAAUAAUAAAUGGUUAUUCAUGUUA